UUCUGUUCCUAUCCGGACGUCAUUAUUCGUUGUACAGUUUACAGGCAUGGCGUCCUUCAAGCAGAGGCAUAAGUAACGAUACUUAUUUGUUCCUCUGUCUGCAUCUAAUUUAUAUUGUUUUUUUAAAGUAGCUGUAGUAAUAGUCUUCACAAUGGCGACCAGGACCGUGUCUCAAGCUCUCCAGCGCCGCUUUGCAUCUGCAGCAGCUGCAGUGCGACCACCUCUCGUCGAGGUCCGCAGCCAGCGCAACGCCGUCUUCUCCCGAGAGCAAGCCAGGCAGAGAGCUCUGUACCCUCGCAUUGAGAAGAUCGAGGUCACCAUGCACGGCCCAGGCUUGGAUGGCACCCUGCUCGCCAUGAACAGAGGAAUGUCCACUCCAUUGAGCUGUGCCAGACACCUCACAGAGUAUCAUGUGACCAACUCGGCAAUGGCCCUGGUGGAUGGGGAACCGUGGCCUUUCCACCAGCCUCUCACACACUCGUGUUCACUCACUCUGCUCACCUUUAAAGACAGUGACCCAACACUGGUCAACCAGGCCUAUUGGCGUUCCUGCACCGCCUUGCUCGGCCAGGUGCUGGAGACGGCGUUCAAGGACGACUUUAGUGUGGAGCUGCUGAACACCCCAGAGGUGCCAGUCACCUCAGGGGCUUUCUGCUGUGAUGUGGUCCUCGACCCUCGGCUGGACUCAUGGACCCCCUCUGAGGAAUCAUUGCGGUCUUUGACUCGACAGGCCCAGCAGCUCAUCCACCAGGACCUGGCCUGGGAACCUCUGGAGGUGAUGCCCUCUGUGGCGUUGGAGGUCUUCUCACACAGCAGGUGUAAACAGGAAGAAGUGGAACAGAAAGCUGCACAAAACCCCAAAGGCACAGUGAUGCUUUACAGAUGUGGUGACCAUGUGCUGCUGAGUGCAGGCCCCCUGGUGGCCAGGACGGGCCUGUGCUCCCAGUACGAGGUGACGGCCCUCCACAACCUGGGACAGGGACCUUGGGGCCUCCACCGUCGAGCACAGGGCCUCUCCCUGCCUCUGCAGCUGCAGGCUCACCACACAGUCUGGAGGAAACUGAGGCAGCGAGCAGAGAAACUGGUUGACAUGUCGAGACUUGAAGAAGCAGCAGCUCCACCCUCUCCUCCUGACUCAGCCCGAGCUCCGAGCAGCCAGUAACGACAUCUGCGUAACCUUCCACACACACAUACACACUUUGACAUGUAUCUGACUCUGUUAUUUGUUCAAUAAAUGUGUAAAAACAUGG